UUAACUCGAAGAACCACACAAUCUCUUUCUCUUCUCGAAGAUCUAAGCAUCGUUACUUUAACUCUCUUUCUCUCUCUCUAAAACUGUACCAUAUAUACAAAUAUAUAUAAUCGUCAAAUUAGAGAUUAUCGCCGUAUAUUGUAACUCCAAACAGUUCAUAUCGAUCUGUAAACUCUGAUUUCCAGCUACGACACACAAUACAUUUUCACCUCCAACAUCGGAUUUUUCAGCGAAACCUUUUUCCAAUAAACCAGACACAUCUCAUGCUCUCUCUUCUUCACCCACACAACAAUUCCCUUUUCUCUGAAUCCAGAGACGUUCCGAUUUUUGCCCAACAAAAAAGUUGGUUCAUUUCACUUUACACUCUCUUCUCUAAUACUUUGGGUUCAGAGAUAGGGUGUGUACUUAAAUAGAUGUUUGUUGAAUUUGUAUUGUAAAUUCUUGAUCUUGUGCCACUUUGAUCAGCUUGAGUCACUUCAUUAGGUCUCAGGAUCUUGUACUAGUCUCGUGAUCUACUAUGCUUUGAUUUUUUUUGGUGUCAAUUUGAGUGCAUAAUCAACUUUUUGGCUCUCUGUUGUGAUCUAAGUCCUGAUUUAUCUAUUUCUCUGGUGGAUUUUGAUGCUUUGUUGCUGAGAUGCAGCCUGAUCAGCGAAGAAAGGCUGUAGAUGUAGACUUCUUCACUGAAUAUGGUGAGGGAAGCAGGUAUAAAAUAGAGGAAGUAAUUGGUAAAGGAAGCUAUGGUGUUGUCUGCUCUGCAUAUGAUACUCAUCUUGGAGAAAAGGUUGCUAUUAAGAAGAUAAACGAUAUUUUUGAACAUGUAUCUGAUGCCACACGCAUUCUUCGUGAGAUUAAGCUUCUUAGACUCCUUCGUCAUCCAGACAUUGUGGAAAUAAAGCACAUCUUGUUGCCUCCUUCCAGAAGGGAAUUCAAAGACAUAUAUGUCGUUUUUGAACUCAUGGAAUCUGAUUUACACCAGGUUAUUAAAGCAAAUGAUGAUUUGACGCCAGAACAUUAUCAGUUCUUCCUUUAUCAGCUUCUUCGAGGCUUAAAGUACAUACACACAGCAAAUGUCUUUCAUCGGGAUCUAAAACCAAAAAAUAUCCUAGCGAAUGCUGACUGCAAGCUCAAGAUCUGCGACUUUGGUCUUGCGAGAGUGGCAUUUAAUGAUACUCCCACUGCUAUAUUUUGGACUGACUAUGUUGCAACCAGAUGGUACAGGGCUCCUGAGUUGUGUGGAUCCUUUUUCUCUAAGUACACACCUGCAAUAGAUAUAUGGAGCAUCGGUUGCAUUUUUGCAGAACUUUUAACCGGGAAACCUCUCUUUCCUGGAAAAAAUGUUGUCCAUCAAUUGGAUCUGAUGACCGAAUUGUUGGGAACACCGUCUCCUGAAGCCAUAGCCAGGAUACGCAAUGAGAAAGCUCGGAGAUACCUGAGCAGCAUGCGGAAGAAAAAGCCCAUUCCUUUGACCCAGAAGUUCCCAAAUGCAGAUCCUCUUGCACUUCGUUUGUUAGAAAGAAUGCUAGCAUUUGAACCCAAGGAUCGACCUUCUGCUGAAGAGGCUCUUGCAGAUCCAUAUUUUAAGAACUUAGCCAAGGUUGAGAGGGAACCUUCUGCUCAACCUGUUACAAAAAUGGAAUUUGAAUUUGAAAGACGAAGGAUAACAAAGGAAGAUGUACGAGAGCUAAUAUAUAGAGAGAUUCUUGAAUACCAUCCAAAGAUGUUGAAAGAGCACUUAGAGGGCGCAGAACCGACAGGAUUCAUGUAUCCAAGUGCUGUUGACCAAUUUAAGAAGCAAUUUGCUUAUCUUGAGGAGCACUAUGGAAAUGGUGGAACCGUUGCUCCACCUGAGAGGCAGCAUGCAUCAUCAUUGCCCAGGGCAUGUGUAUUAUAUUCGGAUAAAUCAACACAGAAGUCAGCAGAAAUCACAAAUGAUCUCUCUAAAUGUAGCAUCAAGGAAGCCGAGAAGCCACAUAUGGACAGGAGUUGUGGAAUCCCUAUGACAAGGCCUCCUCUCCAAGUUCCUCCUACUAUCCAAGCAGGAGGUGCUGCAAGGCCUGGGAAAGUUGUUAGUUCUGUUUUGCGGUACAACAACUGUGGGGCGGCGGCAGCAGCAGCAGAGGCUCUUGAACAGCGAAGGAUGGGUAGGAAUCCAGCUGUUCCAACUCAAUACCCUGUUUCUAGCUCUUCAUACCUUAGAAGAAACCCAGGUUGUAAAAACGAGAGGGAAGAAGAUGGAGUUGAAGAAUCCAAUGGGCUGCAUCCCAAGCCUCAGUAUGUGGCUAGGAAAGUGGCUGCUGCUCAAGGCGGAUCUGGAAGUCAGUGGUACUGACUCUCUGAUGUGUUGUCCUCUGAGUUGGGGUAGAGACUGAUCACAGCCUAAAUAAAAAAAUCCAACUCAAAUUGCCUCAACUUCUCUGAUCUACUGCAAGCUAAAUGGAGGCAAAUGGCAGCUUUUUUCGGCGCUAGAUUUCAAGCACAGGCGCUUGGGAAGACUUACAGUAAGGGAGUUUGCUGGUGAAAUAGGUUUUGGCAGCAACUUCCAAUUUACAUCACUGAUUCGACACUAAUUUGAAGUGUAGAAAACUUUUGCAUGGAUUUCUUUCCAUGCCUGUUCUGACGAAAAUUUGGAGGAUUUGUAAAGUUAUGAAGCGAGGGGAAGUAAAAAAUGAUAUCAUUCACCUACCAAUUUAUUUUAUUCCUUCCCAUUGUUUAAAAAUAAAAAGCUAAAAUAUUUUCUUCUGAUAUUUGUUACGUCUUGGACAAUGGAUGUUAUAACAUCUCAAUAUUUAUACUUUCCUCAAAUAAAUAUUGAUAUGUUAUAUUUGACUGGAAAACGUGUAGAAAUAACUUUGUUGAAUGCGAAAUGUGUUGUACUGUUAAACUCAAGCUAUUGAAUAUUUUUUUAACCA